CAAAGGGUAAGAAACCGCGGGAAAAUUUAGUGGAUUGAUUUUGAUACCUGUUGCCGUGUCGCACAACUAAAAAUCCUGCGGAAACUUUCGAGUAGAAGAUAGUAAGGCUUGCUGAGUAAGAAGAUGCCACCGAGAAGGGGAAGCGGUGAGAAGGGAAGAGGCUCUGGUAGCGAGGAGAAAGACCAGUGGGUCGUGGUAGUGCCAGAUUCAGUUACUGAAAGCCAAGAUGGAGGACCGACUUUCGUCAAGCUUCUACAUCCCAAAACAGAGAAAAGUGGCAUGUUCCUGUUUUCCAAGGAGAACCAGCAGGUCCUGGAAGUAUUGGCUUUCCAGGAGGAAUUCAGGUCCUGGUUCAUCGGCGAGUCUAUUCAACAAGAUGGAAGCUUGCACAUGGUGACCCCAGUUGACCCCCUGUUUCUGGUCUUGCCAUAUCUAGUAAAAGCCUAUGAGAGUGGGAUGUACAUGCCAAUCGACCAACUGAUAUCAGAUGACCAGUACCCAGAAUGCACCAGGUUGUUGAGCUGCAUCAACACAUCUGACUUGGAACACAUCUGUGAUGUCAAAGGGUCAGGUGAUGUGAGGGCUUGUCGUUACAGUGAGGAACGUACUCUCAAAUGGUUAAAGCAGAAGGUGGAGCAGGCAGCAGACAAGCUGACAGACAGCAGUGUAAAGGUGACAGGAGGGGCACAGCUGCUUACAUUCACUCACAGUCUCAAAACUGAGCAAGCUUCCAGAGAUGACUACCUGCGCUAUGCUUGUGGACUGGUGUCAGAUUAUAUCAGUGCAGACCUUAGUAAGCAGCUAACUCAACACAUGGGAAUCAAGCUUCCUGAGAAAAAAGAAGUCAAGUGUGGUGAGCCUCCAGCAAAGAAAGCUAAACUGUCUUCAGAGAUUCCAGAAGCAGCUGAAGACUACAGCAAAUUUGCUGUCAAAGAUGACAAACCAAAGAACACAAAGAUGACAGCUGCACAGAGAGCCCUCAGUAAGGUGGAUAAAACAGGCAUGAAGAGCAUAUCCAGCUUCUUCUCACCUAAAACUGCUGCAAAAAACAAGAAGUAAAAGAGUCAAAAAAGAAUAUUGCAAGAACAACAGUAAAGUGACAACUGUGCCUUUAUUUGAGUAGACUAUGUUUUCUGUCAUAUUUUUGUCGUGUCCACAUUUUGUCAAAAUACCCCUUUUACAUAUAACUAGACAAAAAGGAUCUACCAAUAAGGUUGCAUAUUGUUAUGUAUUUUGAUAGUGCAAAAAGGUUGUUUUAUAUACUAAAUACAAAUGUAAUGCAAAAAGGGCAAUUUGAAGUAUUUGUAUGAACAUGAUAUUUGUUUGAAAUUGUAUCUUUGAUCUUAGAAAAGGUAUCCGAAGUAAACUUGGAAGCUAGUUUCAAACAAUUUUGUACAAUGUAUCAAUUUUGAUAAUUCUGUUCACCAUGCUGUAAAGGCAAAUUAACUUUCAUAGAAUAAAAUGGCCUAAAAUUUGUC